GUACCUUCAAGGUCGCUUUUGUUAACUGAAGUUUCGCCUAUACAGGAGAAGUUAACGACUAAUAAAUAAAUAAAUUCAAGGUCUCACUAUACAUUUGAACAUUUUUUCUUCUAAUGGUUUGUCGAAUUGUGGUCAAUGACCUACCAACAGCUGACCAAUGUCAUUCGAAAUCCGGCGUGCACUAGAUGUUAGAAGAUGAUAGCACGAUGCAAGGAACGAAAUCAUACAGGUUUUGACAGGUAUUCCUAUUCUUAGGGUGUUCUGUCGGGAGGUGGUUUUGUCUUUGUGUUGUGUUCUUCGACUUUCAUAAACGAGUGAUCUUAUUCAGGAAUCUUUUUUAUACUGCCAGUUUAAUCACCAGAAUGACUUAUUUCCAACGUAUUUCCAAUUUAGUUUAUUCGUAGUUACGUUUUCAUUUAUGUUUCCCCAAUGGCAAUCUAUAUCAAUGUGGUGCAAGAGUUUCGAAAAGAGUUAGAAACUGGAUUAGCUCUAAAUGAUAUAGUCGAUGAUUUAAUUAGUGAAAAGCUUAUAGAUGAGAAAUUAUAUGCUGAAAUAUGGACCCAUCAAAAUGAUCAAAUUAAUUGUUUAUUAGAUCUUAUAGUCAAGGAUGGCAAACGCUGUGCCAAGUUUAUUGGCAUGUUGGGGACUGUUUCCCACAUGAAAAAUAUAUCGGAUUCAAUAAAAGAUAGUAUUGAUAAAAUUUGUCAAAUGAUUGUUAUUGGUGGCUUUCCUGAAUUUUCAUUAAAUUAUGUCGUAAGAAAUUCAGUCGAAUGGACUAAGUUGGCAGAUAGAAUAAAAGAAAAGGCGUUAGAACUAGACCCAAAGUUUUGCAGUACUUUGGUAGUUCACGGAUUACCAGGUUUUGGUAAAUCGUGCUUAGUUAAUCAAGUUUUACAAACGAAACGUUUUCUGGAGACAUCUGGAGGUGCUAUGUUUUGGAUUAAUUUGGGCGAACAUUCUGAUACCACAGCAGUAAUAAAUCCUUUGUGGAGCUUAUAUUUAACUGCCGUUAAGUUAACCAAUCACGUAGCUUUGACACAUCGUCCCGAAGACAUUGUAGUUUUGCAAAACGAAGUAAAAAAAAUCUUUUUGGACGAAAAAUUGGCAAAUGCCUACAUUAUUUUAGAUGAUGUUAAAUCAGCUGAAGUGUUAGAUGUUUUCAAACUACGAUGUAAAAUUAUUGUAACUACACAAGAUAAAAAUGUUGCAAACGAUUUUCAGGCUUUUUUCGUAAAGGUGACUACAGGUUUCACCAAAAAAGAGUCUCUAGAAUUACUGAGAAAAUCAUUAGAGACUGAUAGUUUGUGCGCUAAAGAAACUUUUGCGAAUAAAAUUCACGAACUGUGUGAUGGUUGUCCAAUGUUGUUGAACAUUAUUGGAUCAAUUUUAAAAGAUAGUAGGGAAGAAGCGUUAUCAACUGACAUAAUCUGGGAUUCAAUCAUUCAUGAAAUUGUGGAGAAUGAUUAUUUACCUCACCCAACAACUGAGAAAGUUAUUCACAUGAUAAAAAGAUUUGUUAGUUGUUUGAAUCAAAAGAUUCAAAAAUACUUUCACAGUUUGGCUGUCUUUCCGAAACACGUUAACAUUAGACCAGAGAUCUUGAUGAAAUUGUGGGAUGAAAAGUACUAUGCUGUGAGACAGAUCAUGGUUGAACUUGAAAACAAAUCUUUGAUUGUUUCAUUUUAUAACAAAGAUCUUAAAACAUACAUAUACAGCAUACACAGUCUAGUUCGUACUUAUUUAGUGGAGAGAGCUGAUGUCGACAUCAAAUUCUACCAUAAAAAACUGAUCUCAGAAUGCCAAGAUGUUAUUAAUAAGGCACCACCCGAUGAUUCAAUUGCGAAUUAUAUUUUUGGUUAUUAUGGAUAUCAUGCAAAACAUGCUGAGCUUUAUGACAAGUUUGAAAAAUUCUUUGAUCUAAGGUUCAUUGAAAAUAAAAUUAAAAGAUGUGGAUCUGCGGAUUUACUCACGGACUUUGAUACUUACAGAGAUCUUAUUACAAAAAAGGAACCGCGGUUGGAACGAAAGUUAAACGAUUAUAUAAAAUUUGUCAAUGCUUAUAGUGCUCAUUUACAUAUAUCACCAGAGACAAAUAUUAUACAAUUUGCAUUUUUUCAUGACAACAACUGUGUUUACGAAGAAGCUAGAAAUAUUGCCAGCAAUAAUCCUGAUCACCUUUAUUUCAAAUUGGAACCUUACUCUGAUGCACAUAAGAAUUUUCCUAGUCUUAAGACUAAAAGUACAGCCACAUCAACGUGCUUCGUUAAUUCUAAGGAAGUUGUAGUAGGUACUUACAGUGGAAGCAUUGAAAUUAAGUCAUUUCAUCAGUAUCAACAAAAAGUACAACAUUUUGAAGGUCAUACAGAUCAAGUAUUUAGUGUGCAAUUAAGCCCAGACGGAAAAAGUUUCUUAUCGAUUUCCUUAGAUCGAACUGCAAAAUUGUGGAAAUUCACUGAAGAACUGGAUCCACAGUCUCCAAAACUUAAACAAAUACACUGGAAAAACUUGCAUUCGCCUGAUGAAAAUAUAGAAUCGUACAAGACUUUCAAGAUGCAAGAUAAAGAUUAUAUCAUUUCAGCAGCUUUUCCUUACGAUGGUUCAGACGAAAUUGUAACAGCUUCAAAAAAUGGGAAAAUUACCAGAUGGAAUAUAAAAACGGCCGCCAUUAUUAGAGAAUCUGCACUAGGUUUACCAAUCUCACAUAUUUCUUAUGUGCAUGAUAGUCAACAAAUAAUAUUUUCCUAUGACGGAAAAAUUUACAAUUAUGUGAGAGAUAAGUUGUUGUACAAUGGACAAUUUGCUUUACUCGAAGACAUCACAAAUUUAAUCCUUAUUCCUGCAUUCUCUGAUCUCAAAGAAGUAGCAGUCGUCACUGCAACAAAAUUUGAAGUUUGGGAGUAUAGACAUAAAGUUAAACGAUUCGCUUUUGAAGCAAACUCCAAAAUCACUUCUGCUGUUGUUAAUAGUGAUUAUCUGGUUUUGGGCGGAGAUAGUUGUAUUUAUGUUUAUAAUUACAAACUACAACAUGUGAUCUCAUAUAACAACGACUACGGGGGACCAAGAUCUUUGUAUAUAUUACCAAAUCUCGUUGUAUUUAUUUUGAUAGAUAAAGAACGUGUGCAAAGAUGUGAACUACAUCUAGAAUCGAGCGAGAAACCACUUAUUCAAGAUCUAUCACACUUUAGUUGCUACUGGAAGGAUUCGUUACCUAUAUAUUUUACUGUUAAUACAGAAAAUAAAAUUGAUAUUUUUCACGGGCAUUCUACCAUUUUGUCAGUAAUAGAAAUCGUGGAUAAAGUCACAUUUGGCACUUUUUCCUUAUGUGGAAAUUACUUAAUUUUGGGGACGCGGACCGGAAAAAUUUACUUUUAUAAUUAUAAAAAGAAGAAAAUAAGCGAAAUUACAGUUUCUGACGGUGGCAUCAGUUUGAUUAAAUGUUUUGAAAGUGAUAUUGAUCGAGUGGAUUCUUAUUACGACAGUGCCGAUAUGUAUGGUAGAGUUGUAGCUGCUUCGAAUAAAAAGAUUGUCAUAUUGGUUGAUAAGAAGCCGGUGAUUGAGCUAGACAUAUCACAAGAACUUUCGGAUAUAUUUUGUUUACGCAAUUUACUAAUUACCAUAGACGUUGAUGGUAAAUUUGCUGUUGCAAGAAUUUUUGAAGAUAAGUGUUUUGGCUGGGUAAGCGGUUUAUAUGAAGACGUAAUUCUUGCUACAGUACACAAAGAAAAAAAUUUUUUGGCCAUUGUUUGUAAAGAAGGAAAAGAACAUGUUCUAAGAGUCAUAGUUUUGGACGAUGUGGCGACUAUGAAAGUAAUAUUUCACUCGAGAGUAUGUAGUGAACCCAAAUGUUUGUGUUUUUCAUCGUCAGGAAAAUUGCUUGCAGCUGGAUGUAAAAAUGGCGACAUAAGGAUUUUUAAUCUUGAAAACAACGCACAGGAUGUUAUGGCCCUACAUAAGAGAUCCGUAGAACGACUUCUCUUUGCCCCGAAUUUUGAAUCUAUUCUUGUAAGUGUAGGAGAUCAAAUAGCCUGGUGGAAUUUGAAUAGUUUUCAAGAGCAAAGUGAGGCAAAGGCAUUAAAUUCACAUCUGGACAGCCAUCAACUAAGGGUAUUUACAUUUGAUCCUUGGAAAGACAAAAAACUCCAUGACACAGUGCCUUAUUUACUGACAAGUACAAAUUUGCAUGGAAAGCAUUUACGGUACAUCUCUGCAUCUAAAGAUUUUAGAUCAUUUUUGGUGGUUGAUGUAGAUGGUAAUAUUUUUAAAAUGGAUAUCAUCAAUUUGUGACAAAGAUACUGCCAAGGAUUAAAACUUAGUGAUAUUUUUACAAUUGCUCAGGGGUGACUUAAAUUUACUGUAUACCCCCAUACUUAAAACGUAAUCCUUUUUUGUCU